GCUCCAGCUGACCGGCCUGGAAUCCCGGCUCCAAGCCCCGGACCCUCCGCUCCCAGCGACCCCCGCCCCGGCGACGCGGCCCCGCCGGAGACUCGGCCCUGCUAUGGGAGACGCCGGCAGCGAGCGCAGCAAGGCGCCCAGCCUGCCGCCCCGGUGCCCCUGCGGAUUCUGGGGGUCCAGCAAGACUAUGAAUCUCUGUUCCAAAUGCUUCGCUGAAAAAAGAAAUCCACACAAUGAAAAAGAUUUCCAAAAGAAGCAGCCAGAUGAUGACUCCACUCCCAGCACAAGCAACAGCCAAUCAGAUUUGUUCUCUGGAGAAACAAACAGUGACAACAGCAAUACCUCGCUAACUACGCAGACUGUUAACUCCAGCCAGCAACUUUCGACAGAACUGAAUGUAACUUCGCUGAGUAAAGAGGAAUGUGGGCCAUGCACAGGUACACCUCAUGUCUCGUUAACUACACCAACCAAAAGAUCCUGUGACUCUGAUUCACAGUCAGAGAGCGAGGCUUCUCCUGUGAAACGGCCACGGCUACUGGAGGACAGUAAUGACAGGCCUGAGGAAACCAGUCGAUCCAAACAGAAGAGCAGACGCAGGUGCUUCCAGUGCCAAACAAAACUGGAGCUAGUACAGCAGGAACUGGGAUCAUGUCGGUGUGGUUAUGUGUUCUGUAUGUUACAUCGCCUGCCCGAACAACAUGACUGCACAUUUGACCACAUGGGACGUGGGCGUGAGGAAGCCAUUAUGAAAAUGGUGAAACUGGACCGGAAAGUAGGGAGAUCAUGCCAGCGCAUUGGCGAAGGGUGUUCCUGAGUGCGAGACUCUGCAACCAAAUGCUGUUCUUAGUUCACUAAUGUUAGCCUUAUUUAGGACAAAGUCAGCCAGACACCUUGUACGGGGCAAGUUUCAGACUACAGCCAAUCAGUUUCCUUUCUUUAGCCAACCGUCCUGGUACUGUAGUUUAGGGGUUGAUGGUGGUUGAAAUUGAUUUCUGGCUGGUUACAAAGGUGCCUGCUAGCCAAUGUAUAAAAUUAAAACAUGAAGAAAUAUUUUUUCGAGCAUGGCUAGUGGAUUUAAAACACAACAAAACAAAAAAUCCAAAGGCUUCUGUUAUUGCUGGAGUCAAACUCUAAAAGCCUUAUGCUGGAAACCUUCCAGCUGCAGAGUUAAAAUAAAUAGCUGAGUAGAAGCUGGUGUAAAAGUUUGCUAUGCACAUGGCUUUCAGACAAACUGUGUUUAAUGUGCAGCCUUUCACCUCUUCACUUCUAGUUCAUCCUGAAGAGAUGAAACUCCACUAAGAGCAGCCGUGGUAGCUGCUAAGCCCGGAAGACCUGACUGGUCAUCCGUGCCUUCAUCACGUGUGGCUUUUGAGGUUAGGCAAUGUCACCAGCAUCAGGGAUUCUCCUGGGGAGGGAACAUCUUUCUGGUUCUUCCCAGGAAGCCAAAAAGAGGGGAACAGAGAUUCUUAUGAAAAAUUUUUGUAUCUAACUUGCUGCAGAGAUCCUGUUUUUCUUCAUUUAAAUUAUGGUGAUCUCAUUUUAAAGCUGGUUACAUCCUAGAGCAGUAAACAGUGUAUAUUCUCUACAUAGAAAUCCAUAGAAUUUCUAAGCAUUGUCUGACCAGAUUCCACGGUUGUUAUGUAUGCUGACCAGUGCUGCCAUUCCCACCGGCCAAAAUCUGAUUGGCUCUUGUUUGCCUUUUGCUAAGUGCAGGUAUCUGAUGAUUGAUCAAAUAAGGCUAAUUCACAGCACAGUAGCCAAGGCUGGAUUCUACAGACUGACUUUCUGUAGCUAGACAUAUAUAUUGGGGGGUGGGAGUUGGGUGGGAAAGGACAUAUUGUAGCAAACAGAAUUCAGUAACAGUAUUGGGGAACAACCAGGAAAGCAUCCCUCAUCAGCUUGAGUUUUAACAAGAUAAUCAAAUGGGCUAUGUCAGCCUUGUUUCUAUGCAGCUCGAUGCUCUCAUGAAAAUCUCUGCCCGCAAAUGUUGCAAAGCAAGUGAAUGUGAAAUGCAUUACAUGGAAAACUUUGGAUCUAUUGUUUAGACUUAUGCGCUCUUUCACGCUGAGCCACAUAGAGCUGAAGUGCACAGAUCUUGUUAGUUUGUAGCAGAAAAAAAAGAGAGAAAAAUCAGCAUGUCUCCUGCUGCAGACAAAGUUUAUGCAGGUCAAGAGGAUUCAUGCUGAUUUGUCUCAGUAGUCUAUGUGGAUAUGGUUCCCUGAGCCAAGUUAGUAAAGCAUUAACAAUCAGGUAGUUCGGUAGAAAAACUGGGAGGGGGAGGGAGGAUUUUGUAUAGUUUUGAAAAAUUGGGCUUGUGUAAAACUUCCAAGGGGUGAAGUAGCAUAUUGUCACUCCAAAAAAGGUGUGUGGGGAAAGAGAGCUUAAAUAAGUCGUCCUCUUUUCUGCAUGUGUCAAAGGUAAAUAAUUUCAUACAGGCUAAAUUGAUUUUUAGUUUGGUAGCCACAUCAAACCAUUUAAUGAGACUUUUUUUUAAAAUACACUCAGCAUCAGACUGUAUUAGUGUUAUUUAACCAUGAAAUAAAUCAAAAAUGUUCCAUCUUUUAUAAAAUGCAAGCUGUGUAAACAAAACUUUUAUUAUUAUUAUUCAAGGUUAUGGAAUCAGUAACAAAAUUUCCACUGUAUUUUCAAGAAAUGAUCCCACUCCCUCCUGGUGACAGGGCAGUCUGAGGAUGUUCUUAACAUUUACCAUGAAGAGUUUAAAAAUCAUGGAUUUCAGCUGUUGCUGAGAUAUGUACUUUCUUUUCCUCUAAAAUCCUAGCAUAGCGUUUGGUGGACAUUCUGACUGAUAUACAAUACUCAUCUGCAUUAAUACUGAUGAUGCUGUUUAGCCCUCCUACUCCUUUAACCCUAUUAUAAACGCACAGUUGGUUUCAAGGUGGCUCUUAAGAGAACACUACUCAAAGUUAAUGUGGAUUAUGGGCAAUAUUCACUUAAAAAAAAAAAGUUGGAGGGGUUGUUCCUUUGCAGUAUCUGUUCUGUGAAGUUUGUUAAACGUAAAGAAAGCUUAAUUCUUGUAUCUUUAAAGAAAAUCUUAUUUAACCCUUUUGUGUUCUAGAUUUACUUACACAUGUAGCCUAGAGCUCAGUUUUAGUUUAACAUUGUGAAAAUAUUAAAAGAAUCUUGUAACUUUAUUCUUUUUCCUCCUGCUAAAAAAAAAAAAAAAAAUUAAACCAA